AUGUGGUACUUGCCGGUUUCAUGUACAACCGAGAUAACAAGCUCAAAUGUUAUACAGAAAAUAUUUUUAUAAUCUGUGGCUCGAAACAUGGUGUUGCAAUUCCAACUAUCGUGCACAGCGAGCUUAGCUUAUUCAUCUUCCUUGCAAUUUUUGGCGAGUAAUCUAAAUUCUUCUCUUUCCCCAUCUUAUUAUGGUAGUUUUAAAAGUGCUUCCUUCAAACUAUCCAACUCCACCGCUCACAUGAAUAAGAAUUAUCGAGGGAUUUGUGCACAAAGUAGGCAAGCUCCUUUCAAUAAAGAGGCAUACGAGGUAGAAAGGCUGCGACUCGACGCGCGAGCUCGGGAAGCCAUGAAAGCACACGAGAAGACGGAAAAAGAUGACAAUUCCAAAGCCUGGAAGUGGGAAAUUCGCAAGCGAAUUUGGGAUCUAAUGGAGAGGGAAAACAUUGCACAGAAUCCUCGUCCGGUUCACCAUCGUAUUCCUAACUUUGUCGGGGCCGCCGCUGCAGCUCAAUUGUUGGCCAGCUUGGAGGCAUUUGCCACUGCACAGUGUGUGAAGGUGAAUCCUGAUACACCACAAAAACAAGUCCGUUAUCUAACUUUAUCAGGUGGGAAGAAGCUCCUAACUCCUCAACCACGCUUAAGGACAGGAUUUUUUUCCAUCUUGGAUGCUACAAUGUUGCCACUAGGAGCCAUACAUGAAGCCUGUACUUCAGCAGGAGUUGCAAAGCAUGGGAAACCCAUUGGUUUGGAUGCAACACUUAAAGUAGAUUUGAUUGUGAUUGGAUCCGUUGCUGUUGACCCGAGGACAGGUGCAAGGCUUGGGAAAGGGGAGGGGUUUGCUGAGCUUGAGUAUGGAAUGCUACGGUACAUGGGAGCUAUAGAUGACAAAACCUUGAUUGUCACUUCUGUGCAUGAUAAACAGUUGGUUGAGGACAUUCCUGUAGAGAAACUUCUCAUACACGAUGUUCCAGUUGAUGUGAUCUGCACUCCUACUCAAAUUAUCCAUACAAAUACAACCAUCCCAAAGCCUCAAGGUAUUUAUUGGGACAGAUUAUCACCAGAAAAGCUUGGGCAGAUUAAGAUUCUUAGGGAACUGAAGAAACGCAUUGAAGAGAAAACUGGCCAACCACUUCCUUGUGGACCUUCGGAGAAGCUUCCUCCCACUGCUGAACGGAAAAGUACGAGGUUAUUUUAGCACACCUUGCCAGGUUGGUCUUUUUUUGUGUGCUCUAUAUUGUCUAUUCUAAAAGUUCAUAGAUGGUUCUCUUGUAGAGCUAUAGCAAUUAUCCAAGAUUGAAAAAAAAUUGCAAUCAGAGUUUGGUAGAUCUGCAGUAUUUAGAAAUGUAAACCAUUGUGCUUGGUCAGCUGGUAUUUUGAUGAAAUGAUCAUGGUGGUAGGAUGUGAACAAAUAUUUUUAGGGUUUGAAAUUUCCAUGAUCCUCUUCUUAUCGUCAACUUCAUCUUAUUUGAAAGGGAUGAUUCUUACAUUGAUCACCAAAGAAAUGCUAUGUAGCCACAUGUAUUUGGCAUAUAUAUUCUUUAUCAGUUGGCACAUGAUGCAAUUGUGCAACCACAUGUAUUUGGCACAAUGUCUAUUUAUUGGAACAUGAUGCAACUAUUACAAGCAUAUGAUUUGACUUCCAUGCCAUUGUAGUAAAAUCAUAGGCAAUUGCUUAAGUGUUAUUUGUACCAGUAUGCCAGCUGGGAAUUCUGGUAGUGUCAGUCAAUUUACAUUGCAGCAUGGACUGGAAAAUCUACUAGCAGAUAAUCCUUGCAGCUCACUUCCAGGAUAUGGUUCCCA